UAGACUAAACGUAUAAAAAUAUUUAAAAAAUAAAUAUAAAGAUAAAAAAUAUUAGGACAUAAUGGCAGUGGAUAUAUCGAAAAAUUUGAAUUUGGAAGAGUCACUUAAAGCUAAUUCUGUAGGAGUUAUUGAUGAAAAGUAUAUAUGUAAAGUGUGUAAUAAGUUACUAUGUGAUGCUGUUCAAACAGGGUGUGGAGAGAGGUUUUGUAAAACUUGUGUGCAAUUCUUAUCAAGUGGAACUUUGUUUUGCCCAGUUGAAAAGGUUGAGUGUCCUUUUUUUUAUGAUAAGUUUGCGAUCAAAGAAAUUCUUGCUUUAGAAUUUUAUUGUCCUUAUUUUGAAAAUUGCUUAUGGAAAGGUCCUUUGAGUAAAUUAAAAGUGCAUUUAGUUGUGUGUGAAUACGCAAUUCAAAAAUGUGAAAAAUGCGGGGAAGGAAUUAUUAGAAAAAAUUUGGAUGAACACAGCUUAACAAAUUGUUCUAAUUCAUUUUUCAUCUGUAUAUAUUGCAACGAAAAUGUUCUUGUAAAAGACAAGCAGAUUCAUAUAUGUUUGAAGUCACCUGUGAAGUGUAAACUUGGUUGUGGCUCAACAUUUUUAUACGAAGAAUUAGUAACUCAUAUUGAAAUAUGUAGUAAUUUAGAAAAAAAUUGCAUAUACAGAUUGAUUGGUUGCAAAUCUGAUUUAACCAGCUCAGUUGAAGAUCACUAUCGGCUUCAGAUCAGUUCUCAUAACAACUUAUUGAUGUGUUUUAUUAAAAAAAUGUCUUUAAUACAAAUGACAUUAAAAAACGAGGUAAGCAAACUUAGUAAUGAAAAUCUUGAACUUCGUCAGCAGUUGGAAUCAGUAAAAAAAUAUGAUCAAGAGAUAACUGAUUUAAAGAAAACUGUGCAAAUACAAGUAGAUGAAAGUGCGAGUAUUUUCCAAGCGUUAAGUUUGCAGGUUAAUGAUUUAAAAGAAACUAACUUUAAACCUGUUGAUGAUUUCAGUAAAAAAUUAAGUGUCAUUGAAAGGUCUCAAGAAAAAUUAAAUGAAACAUACAGCGAUUUGCAACUUAGUCAACAAAUUCUAGAAAAUACGUCUUAUGAUGGACAUCUUUUGUGGAAAAUAUCUUCUUACAAACAAAGAUCAAUGGCUGCAAUGUCUGGAACUAUACCAGCAUUACACAGUGCUCCGUGUUAUACGUCACGCUUUGGCUACAAGUAUUGUCUUCGCUUGUAUUUGAAUGGAGACGGAGCAGGCAAGGGAUCUUACAUUUCUCUUUUUUUUGUUCUGAUGAAAUCAGAUUAUGAUUCUCUGCAUAAAUGGCCAUUUCAAAACAAAGUAACUUUUAGAUUGCGAGCGAAAAAUCCCGAAUAUGAUAUUGUAGAGUCAUUUACUCCAGAUAAGAACUCUUCUAGUUUUAUUAAACCAGUCCGUGAAAUGAAUAUUGCUGCUGGUGUUCCAUUAUUUGCUAAAAAAUCUGACAUCAAUGAAAACUUUAUUUUGGAUGAUGCAAUAUUUAUCGAAAGCAAAAUUCAUUUGUAGCAAUUGAGUAGGGUUGCCAGACGUCCGGCUUUUACGGAGGAGAAUACAGCGCCAAACCUGUAAAAAUAACUUUUCUGCUCUCCUUCGUAAAAUCCGGAUGUCUGGCAACCCUACAUUUGAGAGCCUAGUGUUAAAAGUAUUUAAAUUGCAAUAAUAAGUUUUAAGAAGAUAUUUUAAUCGUGUUAUUUAAUUAUGUGAGUGAAACAAGGUAGUAUGUGUUUGCAAUAAAAAAUGUAUAUUAUGUUCGUUGGUUUCAAAUCAAACUUUUUAUCGAUGGGAGGACUAUUGCCUAUAGUCUUCUAAUCGAUAAAAUACUGAAAUGUUCCAAUAGUAUUGGAACAUUUCAGUAUUUUAAAGUUAUCACUGUAAUAGUUUCAAGAAAAUUUCUUGAAAAACUCACAAGUGUAAAAAUCACAUC